GGGAAUUGACACUUAAUGAAGAAGGGCAAACACAGACUGUAUAAUCAGUGAUAAAGAGAGAGAAUUCUUCAUCUCACAUUCAUCAUGAUUCUUCUUCUGGUGAUGCUGUCACUUCUCUCUGGUGGUUCGACUGAAGUUGUGCAGAAUUUCGAAAUGGAAUGUGGUGAAUUUGGUGAUUUUUUUUAUUAUGGAAUAGCACCAACAGUACUUUAUGAUCCUGAGUUCCCAGAACGGUACACACAGAUCUGCCAGACUCUAUAUGACACACAGUAUUAUGCCACGCUUUAUGAUACCACCAACAAGAUCCCUGUGUACUCAGCCUAUGUGUUUGAAGGGUGGAUGGACUGCAGAAGAAAAAGCUACUGGUACAUUGAACCUCAGCUUGAGGAUAAUAAUCAAGGAAUAAACAUGGAACGAUGGGACAGAUGGGUAACUUACCAAGCUUCCAAUGAAGACUAUAGGACAGUAAGCAAUAUCUUUGACAAAGGACACUUGGCUCCAGUCUAUCAAGCAAAUUCACAGGGAUGUUCAGAUGCCACAUUCACUCUUACUAAUGCUGCUCCUCAAUACAGAUCAUUUAACAGAGGUCAAUGGAAGAAGGUAGAAAAUGAUAUGGCAUCAACUGUGGAGGGACGUUGUGAGGAUAGUACUGCUUUCAUUGUAACAGGAGUUGUACCAGGUAAUAAUGUCAUUAACAAUAGAGUGAGCGUGCCUAGUCAUUUCUGGACCGCAUACUGUUGCAAGGAGCUCAUAACAAACAGACUAAUCUCAGGGGGUGUCAUUGGGGUCAACUCUGAGGACAACGUUACUCCUCACCAAAGGUCUGUGAAACGUUUAGAACGUAGGUUGAAAUACCUUUACAAUGUUCAGUCUUUCAGUUUGUUUUAUGAUGGUUGCAGAAAUGCCUACUAUGUUCCAGUGACAAUUCCCAAACAACGAAGACCUAACAUAUCUCAGCAUUGUAUAUUAAGUUCAAUGCCGUGCAGUCGACAUAAAGACCUUUUAUUUUAAGGUCUAAUUGUUCACCCAAAAAUGAGAAAUCUGUCAUCAUUUACUCACCCUCAAGUUGUUUCAAACCUGUAUACAUUUUCAAACCAAGCAUCUGGGCAAUAUGCAUGUACAUAUUACAUUGCCUACUACCAUUUAAAUUGAUAGCCAGUCAACAUCAAAAUUUAUCCCAUAGGUGUUCAAUGGGGUUUUGGUCUUUCUUUAUUAUCACUUUGUGCACAGGGAUGAUUUAAUUCUGAUAUAGCCUCUAAUUCUUAUGUUUGUUUUUAAAGCAAAUUGUUUAACUUUUUAUAUUGGUGCAUAUACAUUCUUAGGCAACAUGUGUUUUUCAUUGAGUUAAAGGAUGCAUUUGACUUUUAUGUACUUUAAGAAAUAUAACAAUCAAAAGUGGUGUUCGAACUGGUGAGUUCGCUAUGUAUUUUAGCAGCAUCUGUAAACUGAGAUUUUACACUGUAAAAAAGCAGCAUUUUUGUCAAAUGAACAUAUUUUUAUGUCAACUUGUCACAGGUCAAAACUUAAAAUAGGCUGAAUUGACUUACAAAACCAAGUUGUUUUUACUUAAUGUUGCAUGCAUUUUUUUUACAUUGUAGUUGAAAAGCCAUGUCUUAUAUCACAAAGAACAGAGAACGAAAAAAGUGACAUGUAUUUGUAACCCAAUCUCACAGUUAAACGUAUACUGUUUUACGAAAUGGCAAUUUUAUAUGAAUUUGUGUGACGUAAAUACAAAGGUGUAUGAUUAUUAGAUAACAUUUGUAUAUAGUCUAUCCAUUUAGCAAUAAAAAUAAAUGGCAAGAAUGUGACUCCACCACCCAACGUCACUGGGGCGUAUAGAGAUCAUGCUGAAAAAUACAUACAGUUUCAUACAAAUUCAAGCAAAAUAGCAACCUGGUUAACAAAUUACAAACUGU